AUGAGCCGCAAUCGGCGCAGCACCAGCACGUCAGGCGAUUCCGGCAAGGAUCCAGCGCUGAGCUUCGACCAGCGGUUACAGGCGAAUGCGCGGGAACGCUACCGUACGCACAGUAAUGAUCGUCUUGCCAUCCCCAGCGUGAACUCGGCGUUCAACAAUCUGCGCCAGCUGAUACCGACCGAACCGCACAAUCGGAAGCUGUCCAAGAUCGAAACGUUACGGCUCGCCAAGAGUUACAUCUCGCACCUGAUCGCGGUGCUCGUUACCGGCAACAGUCAACGGCCGUGCGUCGACACGAUCAACCAACGGCGGGAGGUGGAGGAGGACGAAACCACCACCGCCAACAGGGGCCGGGACGAUCCGGAUGCGAUCUCGCCCGUUUCCUCACCCUACCGUCAAUCAAUCUGCACGUUCUGUGUAACGUUCGACAAGUGCUAA